UUUUCCGCUACAUACAACAUCUACGACGAUGCGGUGCCUGUAUUGCGCAAGGACGUCACGCACCCAUACUCGCUGAGGGAGUUCGCGGGCGACACGCAGGAGUACCAGUGGAAGAUGAAUGGCAAGAAGAGUGCUCCCCGGCGAGUAAGCGAGAGCCGUGGAUUAACAGCGUCUCUUCAUGAAGACCAUGACGAGCCGGGAGCUUGA